AUGGUUAUUUUGUAUGCAGUGGUUUUGAGCGAGAUCGAGGGCCGCCUGCCGCGGAGCACACUGAUUCUUCUCUGCAGAAACGAGGCAGUGCUCAAGUGGAUGAACACCUGUGAUCACCUGAUGUACCAGGCCCUCGUGGAGAUCCUCAUCCCUGAUGUUCUCAGACCCAUUCCUAGUGCCUUGACUCAAGCCAUCCGUAAUUUUGCCAAAAGCCUUGAGGGCUGGCUCACCAACGCCAUGAGCAGCAUCCCUCAGAGGAUGAUCCAGACCAAGGUUUCCGCUGUUAGUGCCUUCGCUCAGACGCUCCGCAGAUACACGUCUCUGAAUCAUCUGGCGCAGGCGGCCCGUGCAGUGCUGCAGAACACCUCCCAGAUCAACCAGAUGCUCAGCGAUCUCAACACCGGGUCGCGACUUUUGGCCAAUACUGCAGAUCAGGGGCAAAAAUCUGAGCAGAAGUUUUGUAGACUAUUCCAGCCUCACAAUGUCCAUGAGAAGGUCCAUCACAGUGAUGUUGUGAUGGUUGUUGAUGGCGUACAGGAGCAGGCCUCGUGGGUGUGCCAGUGUGAAGAGGGCGUAGUUCAACGCCUCGAGCAGGACUUCAAGGCCACCCUCCAGCAGCAGAGCUCUUUGGAACAGUGGGCAGCUUGGCUGGACAACGUGGUCACUCAAAUACUCAAGCCGUACGAGGAUAAACCAUCCCUCCCCAAAGCUGCACGCCAGUUCCUGCUCAAGUGGUCCUUCUACAGCUCUAUGGUCAUCAGAGACCUGACCCUCCGCAGCGCGGCGAGUUUCGGCUCGUUCCACUUGAUCCGGCUGCUGUACGACGAGUACAUGUUCUAUCUGGUGGAGCACCGCGUCGCACAGGCCACAGGAGAGACGCCCAUCGGCGUUAUGGGAGAGUUUCAGGACCUG